GAGCCGUCCUCAUAAGGCAGAGGCACGCCAGCGCCGGCGGUGACGGUGACUGCUCCCCUGCGACUCACCAACGCUCCGCGCCGCGCUCUCGGAUUGUCUGCAGUCAUCCGCGUGGAAAUCCCCCGUCGGCCUGCAAGCGGCCCUGCCAGCAGCAUCGUUUUUGUCGUCACGCCAUUGCCGGAAGCGGUCGAGGGCGGCGGCCUCGGAAUCUGCAGGGCUGCGAGGCUUCGAGCGCAAGCGGGCACGCCAAGGCCUGACCAACGCUCACGAGCAUCGCAGUACCACCGUGGUAUACAUAUCUCCGCCCGCGCGCCCGCUGCGUCGCGAGCCCACGCGCACUCGCCCGCCCUCGCGUUCCUUUGAAACAUCCAUCUUGACGUCAGCUGUGCCGAUCGGCGUUUCAACCUAAGGCCUCACCAAGCGAGGGGCCCAGAUUCAAAUAUGCAGGCCGCCGUGAUGGCUCAACCGCCCCAACCAAACCCCUACGGCGCCCUCCCCGUCCGUCGCAAGCCAAUCGUGAACCCGGGAAUUGCUGGACGGCCCCCGCAGCCUUACGAUUCACAGCCUGGCCACUCGAGAACGAGAACAACCAGCUCGGGCGUGUUUCCCGUCGCUCCCUCUCCAACGACAACCACCACCAUGGCCACCAUGAACUCGCAAUACCCGCCGCAGAUGUACCAGAGUGGGCUCCGCCGUACGCCCACCUCCUCCACAAGCUCCACGACGGGCACGCCGAACCGCUCCAACAGCGGCGCCCUUCGACGCUCGUCCUCCGCCCGCUCCGGCAACUCGCCCACGUCAUACGUCGCCCUGAUGCGGAAACAAAAGGCCACCGUGUGGUGCGACCGCGCACAAUACGAGGAUCCGCGCAUCGUCGCCCAGCAACGACAGGCAAAGAUGCGCGCAAACAUGGAAGUGGCAGGCGGCCCACAUCAUGCCCCAGGACGUGCGUCAUCGGGCAGUUCGAGCAUGGCAGCGGGAGUCAGGUCUAAGGUGCGCCAUCACGGCGUCCCGAAAGCGUCGCUGUACGCGCCAGUCACCAUGGUAGGCAGCGGCGUGCCCAUGCGCCUCAGCGCCUCAGAAGUAGACGAAGGAGACAGCGAGGACAACGGCUCAGUCGGCAAGGGCGCAGGACCCUACCACCACCGCACAGGAUCCGGCCGCAGCUCGCUCGGCUCCGGUCGUCGCGUCGCCUACGCCAACGCUGCGGGCCGCCACUCUUCCAACUCCACCCCCCCAAGCGGCCAGAACUCCUCCCCCGGCGAAGGCAUGGGCGACCUUCUCGAAGAAGAAACGCCCGUCCCGAUGUACGGCAACACCACCGACUACUUCGAGCACACCAAGACGGGGCUUUCCGGCACCAGCAGCGGAAGCAGCGGGGAGCGCCAGUUCGGCGAUGUGGGCGCGAUGCCGCAGUCGCUGCCGAAGCCGGACCCGGAGCAGGCGAAGAAGAAGAGCGAGGAGUUACACCGGAGAGGGAGUGUGGACGAGCGGACCAUGACCAUGGGGAACACGAGGCUGUUCAUUGCGAAUCCCGAUCUUAGCGACUAGUCUCGCACUUAUGAUACCCAGGGGGAUAGGAUAAACAAAGGGGACGGGGCUCUCAGGAUUGGGGCUUUUCUUUUUGCUACUUGGUGCGGAGCCGGACAUAUGAUUGGCGUUGACAAGUCAUAUUUCCGGCAUUUCUGUCUUCUCUCGCUGCAUCUCAUGCUAGCCCUAGCGAUAUUAGCAGCGAAGUCUUCAUUUUGCUUGCCUCGCUGGCUCUGCAUAUGGGAGCGGGUCUCGCUCGCUGAAACGGUACAUAAUAUAUAUAACUAAUGGCCAUUGCCCUAAGUCGUCAUCUACUGGCCCAUUGCCUCACAACGGAAGAGAAGAGCUACCGCAAGGAUGACACUUUUUCAGCCGCAGGCUUGCUCGUUCCACGGAGGCUGAAUCACUUCCAAAACAAGUUUCGUCGCCUAGAGUUGCUAACCUUGGAAGUGGGCGUCACGCAAUAGU